AUAGGUAAAACAAUAAUUGGCAUCAGCCACAGCCAUUAAGACGAAUGAAAAGUAUUUCUUAUAAUUGAAAUACUGGCUCCCACUAGCCAUGGGCUUAACAAUCCUGAUGUGUUUCCCAUCGAUCGCUCCUAGACAAUUCGGAAAGUUACAGCGUUCCCAGAAUAAUUCGGAAAUUUUUUCCCAGUCCUCUGCUGCCGGUUUUUUAAACACAAUGGGUUUCAGGACUUCCCAAAUGGCACUGCAGGUGUCCCGAAUUAUAUAACUGGCAGUAGAUCUUCCAAUACGAAACGAGUAAUGCAGACUUGCAAUCGAUUGUCCAGUUGAUAGAUACCUACAAAGAAAAUAAUAUAUAUUAUUUUAUUUUAUUUUUUACAGUGAAAAUGCUAAAGCUGAAAUGGAAGAGCAUACGGGACGCCUACGCUCGCCAGCUGAGGGCACAGCGGGAGCAGCGGCGAAGUGGAAGUGGAGCAUGUUCUGUAAAAGAAUACGUUCACGCAAAGGAACUGGAGUUUCUGAGACCGGUGCUGGAUUUGGGGAGUACUGAAAGCUGCUGGGACGAGGCUGCCACAGCUGUAGUAGACAUUGGGGACAGAGAGAGCGUGGCAUCGGGGGAUCAAGCGAUGGCUACUCUGGAGCCGGAACCGCAGCACUCCGAGGCAUCAAAUUCGAAUGCGACGAGACCACUUGCAGAGCAGUCCCCAGUUAGCAUCGCGCCUAUUGGACCUCCACGUGCUCUGCGUAGGAGGGCUCCUGCUCCGGAUCCAGCCCUGGAUCGUAUGUUAGACAUUAUGACAAACAUGUCUGACCGCAUGAACAAUAGAUCAUAUGGCCAAAAUGUAGCAAAAUGUCUGGGGGAACUAAUCGAUAAAGUUCCCCCAAAUCUGCAAGCGGUGGUGCUGUCCUGUACGGCUAGAUACAUCUCGACAUUUAUACCCCCGACAGAAGCUGACGAUUUAUCAGAACCACCACCACCCUAUGGCCCAUAUGCCAAUAAACGGACCGAGCAUGUCCCAGCACCACCCACGACCCAUUUCUCCCCACCACCCGUUACCCUUUGGACAGGACCACAGCUUUCCGACCAACCUCCUCGACCAACACCACCACCGACUUCUGCUCACCAUCCUUUGACCACCACUCUAUCUCAUUUACCUCCUGUGCCAACACCUUCCACUCACACUUCUCUGAAUCCUUUUCCUUAUACACAACCUUCUUCUUACCACCCUCAUUCUCCUUUUCCUCAUCUCUCAACACCACCUGUCACAUACACUAAUCUGCCUCCUACAACACUUUCUUCUUACCACCCACCACCUUCUACUUACCCUGCGACAACGACUACACCUACUUCACAUUACCCACAUCGACCGAGACAAUCGACUUUCCGUAAUGCCCCAACACGAACACCACCACCACCACAAGCAACACCACCUUCCAAUUGGUCAGGGGAAGACAGCACCACCUCCACUUGGCCCCCUUUUGCCCACGCACUGUCGGUCGCCAUGUCACCGCACGGGGAAGAGGACUCCUCCCCAAAUUUACAUCAAUUGUAA